GCCCAGUCACACUAGCCCAUCCAGGCCCGGCCCAGCAAAAACACAGGCCACAAGCCCACCACACACAGCGUGGUAGCACCCCACCACGCCACAUUUCUCCUCCCUCUUUCCUCCCUUCCUCGGCCGCCGCCGCUGCCCGACGACCGACCGACCGGCGAUGGAUCCGGUGGAAGAGACGCCGGAGGUGGUGAUGGGCUUGUACGGGGGCCCGGCGCGCCGUGUCGAGAGCGGAGCAUCAGAGACGAUGCUCCUGUGGGGCCUGGGCCAGCCGGCGUCCCACCGCCCCAACGCCUUCGCGCGGCAGGGCUUGCCGGCCUUCCCCAUCGACGCGUGCGGCCGCCGCCUGACGCUCCACCAGCAGCCGUCCUCCUUCCGUGGCGCCUCGGGGGUCACGGGCGCCGUCGUCUGGGACAGCGCCGUCGUGCUCGCCAAGUUCCUCGAGCACGCGGCCGACGGCGGCCUGCUGCCGGUGCGCGGCGCGCGCGCAGUGGACCUCGGCGCCGGGUGCGGGCUGGUGUCCGUCGUGGCCGCGCUGCUCGGCGCGCGGGUUGUGGCGACGGACCUGCCCGACCGCGUCCGGCUGCUCCGCAAGAACCUCGAGGAGAACGUCCCUGUCGGGGGUGGCGCGGGCGGGUCGGCGGCGGUGGCGGAGCUGGUGUGGGGCGACGAGUACGAGCUGGACCCGGAGCUGCUGCUCUGGCUCGACCAAGAGGCAGAGCCGCCGGAGCUGGUGCUGGGGUCCGACGUGGUGUACAGCGAGGAGGCCGUCGGCGACCUGCUGGCCACGCUCACCCGGCUCGCCGGGCCGCGCACCACCGUGCUGCUCGCCGGAGAGCUCCGCAACGACGUGGUUGUGGAGUGCUUCCUGGAGGCGGCCAUGGGGGAGUUUGAGAUCGGUUGCAUCGAGCAGGAGCAUUGGCACCCCGACUUCCGCACCAACCGCGUCGCCAUCUUCGUCCUCGUCAAGAAGAAGAAGAAGAAGGUCUCAUCGCCAUAGCUGCUCAACCUACUCGAGUGCUGCUCAUUGUCACCCAUAGCCUCCUGCUGCUGCUCAGUAGAAGCAACAAGGGUUGGUCUGGUGCAGAAUCAUUGUUGGUUGUAACAUUAUUAUAUACUGAAGCCAGUGCACACUUUGGCUGCACCUCUCGGUGGUACUA